GACCCGUUAUGCAAGACAUCCAUUGGAAUUUGGAACGAUAGAAAACUCGUACCUGAAUUAUCAUUAGGUCUAGAUCGGCGAUUUUCGAGGUUUGAUUGCCAAUGGAGGAGAAUGAAACCGGCGAUUGGGAGCUACUACAAACGGAAGAAAUGACCGCCAUGGUUAACGCAUCUGGUUCUGGAAUUGGAGUUCAAACCGACUGUUUAACACCCCGUUCUUCGAACAACGAGGACUGGAUCUAUCCGACGGGCGAGGUUUCGUUUGAAUCGUCCAACGAUAGGUUUGAUUAUGAUAAAUUUGUUGAUUUGGAUGCUACGAGUGAACUAAACUUUGAUGGAAAUGACAAAGGACGGAAGGAUUUUGAUGAAAUUGGAGCUUUGGUAGUUAAAAGUGAAGAUAGUGUUGACGAAUUAUCGAACUCGGAGAUGAAAUCGGAGGAAUCUGAGCUCCCUCAAGUGACGGAGAUUGGGGGAAAUGAGGAAGAAUUAGAGGAUACUAUUAUGCAGAUGGACAACAGAGAAUAUACUGCAGUUGAAGCCGUCAAACCAACUCCUGAAGAAGAUAAAAGAAGCAUUUUGUGGUGGAAAACACCAUUUAACUUCUUUAAGUGUUGUGCUUUUAGGUUUAAGCCCAUUUGGACGCUAUCUGUUGUUGCAGCAGCCAUGGGUUUUGUGAUUUUGGGACGGCGGUGGCAUAGAUUGAAGAAUAAGAGUCAGGGCUUGAAAUUGAAGGUUACAACAGAUGAGAAUAAGGCAACUCGACUAAUGAACCAUGUUGAUCGUAUGAAUGAAGCGAUCUCAGUGGUGAGACGGGUUCCUGUAAUCAGGCCAUCUCUUCCAGCAGCUGGUGUGACUGUUACAUGGUCCAGAAUUGGUUUGAGAUAAAACAAAAGAAGGAUGAAAGCGAUUUGAUCGUGAGGUAUGUCUUUACAAUCGUACAGUAUAUAUUGUUUUAUGAAGAAAACAUAUCGCAGUAAUUGCGCAAAAGACCACUGUUGUUUGAUCAAAUAUUAUAUAUGUAUAAAUGUUAAGAGAAUUAAGGAUCGAUGUUUGAUCAAAUAUUAUAUAUGUAUAAAUGUUACCAGAAGUAUGGAUCUUUGUGAGCUCUUGUUUCGUGUUAAUCAAUUUUAGUCCA